UCUGCCUCGGUCUCUUGUUCGCUCUUGAGUCUCGUCUGCCAUCCACGCACAAGGUAGACGGCGAGGCGCCAUGGACCAAGUACCCGGACAUGUACCCAGGCUUGGCCGCCUUGUAGCGGUACCCGAGCCGGGCCCUCUCACCGAGCACAGCAAAUCCUGGUGCUGGGGCGGGCGGCGCCCAUGAUUGGCUGCGUCUGCCAGCUGACGCGUAAACCGGCAUCAAUUGCUCUUUGCAGCGCCAGCGGCACGCCCCUCUAUCAACUAGCAGUGCUACCACUGCCACUGCCAGGCCUAGUCCCUUUUAUUUCCCCCCUGUACGGAUUACUCUGCCAGCGCUGCGUGGCCGGCCUCUCAGAGCACUCGGCCCCCCAAGAGGCCCAUUCCCAUUACAUACAUCCUCCACAACCCCCCCGUCCGCUGCCUUUUUGCUUCAACCCUCAUUUUUUUUUCUCUCCCGGCGACGGCUCGAGGCAUGACAAGAGCCUCUUGAUUCUGCAGCGUCGACCAGCAGCAAGCUUCCCAGGCGAGCCCCCAACGGCCGAUGCACGUUUUCUAGACGGGCGACGAUCCGGCGCAGCGACAAAAGCGGCUCGAAAAUUCGACUCCACGAAGCCAAGCGCGUUGACGCAACGCUGAGGGGUGGCCUCAAAGUCACUGUGGCAAUUUCAGCGGCCUACGCAUCCCCCAGCUGACGACGCUGUGGCCUACGACCAGACUCCAGCCUAGCCGCGACAUCAACGACGACGCAAUCGCCUCUUCAACGCUGUCACCUCCAACCAUCUCGACCCUUAUUUCAGAUCA